AUGAGCGUCUCAGUGGUGAACGCUAAGGCGGAUGUGCUGCGGGCUGCGGCGGCUCUGGCAGCAAAUUGCAACGCAGCGAAGGGUCUUCAGGAUGUCCUCAAGUCGAAUCUAGGUCCUCGGGGUACUGUCAAAAUGCUCGUGGGGGGUGCUGGCCAGCUAAAGCUGACCAAGGAUGGUUGCGUGCUGCUGCACGAGAUGCAAAUCCAGCACCCAACUGCAUCUUUGAUCGCGAGGGCUGCGACUGCACAGGAUGAAGUGACAGGAGACGGCACAACCAGUGCUGUCCUCUUUAUCGGAGAGCUCCUCAGGCAGUCCGAAAGGUUUAUUGCUGAGGGCGUCCAUCCUCGCCUCCUCUGCGCAGGCUUCGAUAAGGCCAGACAACGCACUUUGGAGCUUCUAGACGAGAUGCGGGUGAAUGUUUCGGUCUCUCCUCGCCCGGAUAGGGAGUUGUUGCUGUCGGUGGCGCGUUCUUCUCUUCGCACCAAGCUGCCGAGCCCCUUGGCCGACCGCCUGAGUGACGAUCUGGUGGAAGCCAUCGGGUGUCUCUACAGAGAAGGAGAGCCUCUUGAUCUGUUCAUGGUGGAAGUCCUCCAUAUGAAGCAUAGACUUGUUGAUGAAACGAAACUUGUCAAGGGCAUGGUCCUGGAUCAUGGUUGCCGCCAUCCAGAUAUGCCGAAACACCUUAAGAAUUGCUAUAUCUUGACCUGCAAUGUUUCUCUGGAAUACGAGAAGAGUGAAGUCAAUGCGGGCUUCUUCUACGCAUCAGCUGAACGGAGAGACAAACUGGUCGCUGCAGAGAGGCAGUUCACCGACAUGAAAGUUCAGAAGAUUAUCGACCUUAAGCGAGCUGUGUGCACACCAGAAAACAACAAGCACUUCGUCGUGCUGAAUCAAAAGGGCAUCGAUCCACCCAGCCUGGACAUGCUUGCCAAGGAAGGGAUUAUGGCCCUCAGAAGGGUAAAAAGACGCAACAUGGAGAGACUGCCGCUUUGCUGCGGAGGCAACCCUGUGAACUCGGUGGAUGACCUGAGACCUGAGGAUCUGGGCUUCGCUGCUCAGGUGUACGAACAGUCUCUAGGCGAUGAUAAGUUCACUUUUAUUGACGGAGUGGAGGAUCCUCGCAGCUGCACGAUUCUCAUUAAGGGCCCCAACGAUCACGCAGUAGCACAGGUGAAGGAUGCAGUGAGGGAUGGUCUGAGAGCCAUAAAGAACGUUAUUGAGGACCGGGCAGUUAUCCCUGGAGCUGGUGCAUUCGAAGUCGCCGCUUACUGCAAACUUCAGGAGUUCAAGCGUGAAGUCUCGGGCAAGCAGAAAUUGGGGGUCGCUGCGUUUGCCGAUGCGCUUUUGGUCAUUCCAAAGACUUUGGCAGAGAACAGCGGGCACGAUGUAUACGAAGUGCUUCUCUCCCUUAUUGAUGCUCAUCAGACGUCCAACCAGCUCGUUGGCAUCGACCUUGCAACCGGACGAAGCAACUCACCUGCUAUGGAAGGUAUCUGGGAUAACUACAUCGUGAAGAAACAGAUGUUAUCCUUGGCUCCCACACUUGCGCAGCAGCUGCUCCUCGUUGAUGAGGUCCUCAAGGCUGGGAAGUCCAUGACUAAGAGCUAA